UCAUCCCAGAGUUUGAAUAUUCCAAUACAUUAACAUCCUUCCACCUCAUUUCCGCUGCCUGAACUAGCUUUUUGCCGUAAAAGGAAAGAAAAAAAAAGAUGCCUCUAGUUACCGAGACCGUCACCUUCAGGAUGUUCUCCUCCGCCAGCGACGUCUGGAGCGCCGUCACCGCCGCCACAGCUGUCUUCCCCAUGGCCAUGCCCAAUCUCUACGCCGGCAUCAAGCGCAGCCGCCGCGACGGUUUCACCGAAGGCUCUAUCCGCGACAUCACUUUUGGCCCUGCUUACAGCAGGGUAGUGGGAUCGGCGAGGGAGGAGAUCCUCGAAGUCGACCACUCCAACAUGACGGUGAAGACGACGAUGAACGACGACGGAGCGUUCGUGCCGCGGCUGUUCGACAGCGUCGACAUCACCACGGCCGUGGUGCCUUCCUCCCGCACCAACCUCAGGGCCACGGGCUGCACAAUGACUUGGUCAUUCACGUACGACAGCGCCAAGGGUAACGCCGACAUCAACAACCUCAAGAAUGUGAUGCAGACUGCGUUUCAGGAUUUGGACGACUAUCUCAGGAGGGGACGCGGCAACCGCCCAUGAAGAGGAAAAGAGCGAAGACUAGAUUCGAUUGUCGAGCAUGCGAUGGAUAUAUAGUACUGUUGGCUACUUUCUUUUUUACUUCAAAGCAAUCGAGCAUAUAAUAAGAUGGUCUAGUCCUCUCGUUCUGUAGACCAUCUUUAAUUAGUUUGUGUUGGUUUGGAUUUGAUCGUCGUUGUUUCUUCCAAUCUCUAUUGCAUGAAAUUGCUUAAUGCUUUGUGUUGACUGGCCACCAAUACAUUGAUUUGUUGU